CUCUCUCUCUCUCUCUCUCUUACUGUAAUAUAUUUUUUCAAACAUCAUUCAAAUAAAUGUCAUUUUCUAAUUUUAGAAUUCUAGACCUAACAGCCAAUAUACUGUAAGCCAGAAGUCCCAAACCACCAUGGUGCAACCCAGUACCAGGCCAUGGAAAUUUGCAAGAAGCUACUGUGGAAAAUGUCUACAGAUAUGACCUUACUGUUUAUUGUGUAUUUUGCUAUUUAAGAGCCACUAUCCAAAUUUAUAUAUAGCAUGAUUCAAUUUAUAUUUCACCCACACAGACACCCCAACCAGUCCAUGAAGAAUAUUAUCAAAACUGGCCUGGGUUGUGAUGCACAAAAAAGGUUGUGUUAAAUCUAUUCCUGAAGGCCCCAAUGAUGCACUCACUUCACCUUAACCUUUUACAAAGGGAGUAAAAGUCCAGAAUGACCUCAGUGACCGCAAACCUCAGUGUGCCCUGGGGUGCCGGCAUGCUAAUCAAUAUUUUGAAUCACACAUCUGAUGGAUCUACAGGAGUAGCUCGUUCUCAAAAGCCUCCCUGCACCAUGUGCUGCUGUGGAUUAUUGAAAAUUACACUGACUGUGGUAUUCAUGGUCAGCCUGGCAUUCGCCAUUGUCAUCGGCAAUGUGGUGACGCUCACCGUGUUCAUGAAAACCCGCCAGUCACGUACACCACAGGGCUACCUCAAAGUAUCUCUGGCCAUAGCUGACAUGAUAGUCGGGAUGGUGGUGGUGCCUUUCUCUGUUUACACUGAAAUAUCCAUCAUGGUAAACAGCACCCCUCCGAUGUGGUACCAGAGUGGAUCUAAUGUCUCAGCACAAAAAAUUUCCAGUUCCUGGCAGCCCUGCAUGGUGAUCGGCCCAUUGUUUGCUGGUUGCACUUUUGUCUCAAUCAGCACUAUCUUCUUGAUGACAGUGGAGCGCAGUGUAGCUAUUUUAUGGCCAUUACAGAAAGAUACACUCGUGACCCGGCGGCGGACUUUGCUUCUGAUCCUCGCCUCAUGGACAAGCAGUUUCAUGCUUGCGAUUGCACCCCUAAUCUUGAGCGAAAGCUUUACUUUGGAGUAUAAUGAGUGCAGCCGAAUGUGUAACUAUGUGCCACUCCUGGUGGGUUAUCAGUUGCCUGCUGACACCAAUAUAUUGCUGCUAUUUCCAGUCUUCGACUUCACACUCCUGGGUUUCACUUUGAUUGUUAACAUCUUGUCCUUCAUUACCAUCUGCCGCUACACCCGAAAGCGCAAGCUCCUUUCCGAAGGGCUCGAGGGAGGCACAAGCACCUGCUCUCAAAAACCUGCUUUUUCAGAUAUCAAGGCAGCCAAAACGAUUGGCAUCCUCACCUUUACUUUUGCAGCCUCGUUCUCGCCUAUUGCCAUUUUUGUGCUGGGCAACAUAGUUGGCUACACAUGGUGCAACUUCUCUUUCUUUGCCUUCUGGAUCCUGACAGGGAACAGUUGCUGUAAUGUAAUUAUAUACAGCAUCAGGGAUCGCCGCUUUAGAAGAGGGUUGUCGAUUCUUUUUUAUAGGGAUCGUUCACCACAAAACUCUGAGAAAAGCUGACAUUGUCAGGUAUAUAUUCUACCCCAGAUCCAUCCCAGUGGAAUAUGUACUGCAUUUCACCUUGAUACUUGUGUGGUGGCAUCCAUCAGUAGCAAAGUUCUAGCAUUUAAAAAUCUGGCUUGGUCUGUCUGUGAACUUUUACUUCAUUUUAGUGGGAAGUAUCUUAUUUUCAGUCUACUACAUUUUAA